GGUGGGAGGAAGGAAAAGGCCGCGGCCGAAGGUGACGCUGAGGCGACGGAGGUGCGGGAGCGAACCUCCGCGGCACGUCGGGCGCCCUCCCCGCCUGUGUGUGCGGUGAAUGGCGGCGGGAUGGAGCGCGAGGGGAGCGGCGGCAGCAGCGGGGGCUCGGCCGGGCUCCUGCAGCAGAUCCUCAGCCUGAAGCUCGUGCCGCGGGUGGGCAACGGGACGCUGUGCCCCAACUCCACGUCGCUGUGCUCCUUCCCAGAGAUGUGGUACGGGGUGUUCCUGUGGGCACUGGUGUCAUCUCUCUUCUUUCAUGUCCCUGCUGGAUUACUGGCCCUCUUCACCCUCAGACAUCACAAAUAUGGUAGGUUCAUGUCUGUAAGCAUCCUGUUGAUGGGCAUCGUGGGACCAAUUACUGCUGGAAUCUUGACAAGUGCAGCAAUUGCUGGAGUUUACCGAGCAGCAGGGAAGGAAAUGAUACCCUUUGAAGCCCUCACCCUGGGCACGGGACAGACCUUCUGCGUGGUGCUGGUCUCCUUUCUGCGGAUUUUAGCAACUCUCUAGCAUACCCCCUUUGCUGUGAUAUCCAACCUGAGUUUGAUAGAGCCUUCAGAAAGAAAACAUGGAGUGCAGUGUUUCACACAGAAGCCACUUGAAUGAACAUGAGUGCGAAAACCAACAACCCAGCCCUGUCUUCGGUUUGAUGCUCCAAAAAUUGAGAUCUUUGCGGAUUCUUGUUGUUUUCCACCAAAACAAAACAACUUUCUUUGACUUUCUUUUUCAUAGAUACUUAAUUUAAGUAGCUUAACACAUUGCACCUUCACCCAAGGCAGGCCAACCAUGCCUCUGGGUCAGGGUCACUUGCACUGAAAUUUACAAUAUUCUGUGAGAAAAUGAAGUGUUGCAUAUUUCACACGGUUUCUUUUAAAUGAGCAGGGUAUUCUGUACUACAAUCCUAGUUGAUCUAAUCUUGAUUAAAAUUUGGCAAACUAUGCUUUUGUUACAUCUUCAUGACAGUAAAUGCCAAUUAGGUUUUGGUUGAGAAUGGCUUUGAGAACAAGUUUGAUGAAAUAUAACGGGCAAAAAAAAAAAAAGUAUAACUCAAGUAGUGGCUUUGGUUCCACUGUUAGAAGACAAAGUAGAUAACUAUUGAAUAAUGUGACAUUUUAUAGAUACCUAUCUUGACCUCUGAUUAUUUAAUAUAUUUUAAGAGAUCUGAAUUUGUUGUCUAGUAGAUUUCUCAAAUAAGCUAGCUAAUGGAGACCUUUAGAAUUUUUAUAUUACCUUUUCCUAUCACUUUUAGUUCUGUUAAUUUUAUUUAGCUUAAUUGAAAACAUUCCCUGUUAAAUGGGUUGAAUUGACAAUUUUAAGCCAGAUUGGUUAGAAUACUCAUUAGACAGAGACACAAAUAAGAUACUUCAUGAACAUUCUGUUAUAUUUUUUCUUAGUGAGUUUGUUUACUGAUGGCUUUUAAGAAACCAGAAGUGCAGCUGAAACUAGAGUUGGUGGUUGUUGAUCUCUUAGUCUAACUGUGUUUACUGGGGGACUCCUCAACCCCCCUUACAGUAUUGGGUGUCAGCUCCCAUAAAGUGCCUGAGGUUUCAUUUCCAAUAAGCUCCCUCCCUGCCCUUUACAUUUUUAUUCAAGAGAAUUAAAUAGAUUAAUUUAAAAAAAACCGAGUUUCUGCUCCUUAGCUUUGUUUUUUAUUAAAAGGCCUGAAAACUGUGACCUUUAAAAGGGAAAGGAUUGUAAAAAUUAAUUACCCAACUUGAUCCUUACCACCUAAACAGUUUUGUAUGAAAUAUAGUUGUUGUUGUCUGUUUUCAAAAUAGGUUUCUGGUAACUAAAUCUGACAUUUUUUAAAGGUGAGUUUUCAUUGUGCUCUCGAAGUCAUAUGCACAAGAACAUAUCUAUUGCAUUUCAAGCAGUGUAUACUCUGGCUUCUGAUUAAGAAUACCCAGGAAGGCCGGUGCCGCGGCUCACUAGGCUAAUCUUCCACCUGCGGCGCCAGCACCCCAGGUUCUAGUCCCAAUUGGGACACCGAAUUCUAUCCCGGGUGCUCUUCUUCCAGGCCAGCUCUCUGCUGUGGCCCGGGAGUGCAGUGGAGGAUGGCCCAAGUGCUUGGGCCCUGCACCCCAUGGGAGACCAGGAGAAGCACCUGGCUCCUGGCUUUGGAUCAGUGCGGUGCGCCGGCCGCAGCAGCCAUUGGAGGGUGAACCAACAGCAAAAGGAAGAACUUUCUCUGUCUCUCACUAUCCACUCUUUCUGUCAAAAAAAAAAAAAAAAAAAAAAAAAAAGAAUACCCAGGAAGACCAAUUUUGGAGGGACAGUCGUAGAGGAAACUGACAAAGGAAUCAGAAAAAUUCACUGGAUAUUUUCUCCUGACUAAUUAGACCACUUAUCACAAAUUAUGGUAACAGAUACCCAGGGUGGAAAAUUAGAAGUAGAGUUGGAAUGAAGCCACGUGUCCUUUCCAGUUUCCCCAACAAGAAACUCUAAAUUUUCUUCCAAGCAGAGUUUUAAAGAUUCCAGUUUUCAAUGCAAGGAGUUGUGAUUUUGGAAAUUAUCCUUUGAGUGUAAGUAAUUGGGGCAGUUUUGCACUUUGGUUAUGGGAAAUGGUUUCUACGGUCCUUGGAGGAUGCUUCCUGUGAGAGUUCUCAGCUAAGCAUUUCUUUCAGAUCCAAUUUCACAGGGCCCCUCCCCCUGAAAACUAACUUUUAAACAUAAUGACCCAUGAUUAAAAUGUUAGGUUAUUUUUCUUUAGAACCAAGACACAAAAUUAAGGAAUUUUGAAACAUGUCUUUGUUCCAUCUGUUUCUUGUUAUACUCUAUAUACUGUUUCUUUAAACUUCAGAUAUAAAAUGUUAUCUUCAAAUUGUUGAAUAUUUCACCCAUCACUGUAUGUGAAGCAUUUGCCUGUGAAUAAUUGUAUAUAGACUUUCCUUUGUGAAAGGUUUUCAGAGAGAAACUAAUUGAACGAUAAAGAAUGUCCAUUCCAUUUUGUGUUUUUUUUUUUUUGGGGGGGGGUCUCACAUACAGAAUUGCUUGGGAGUGAUUGCUCAGAUUGAAGAAUGUUGGCAGUUAAGUUAAACAUUUUAUUUUAUCUUCUUUUGUUUUUGGGGAGUUUUUGCCAACCAGUUUUCUUGAAGACAAAUGUAGCUGCCAUUCUCUCAGCUUUGCUUCCACUUUUCCUUCUUGUUUGUUUUUUUGUUUUGUUUCUGUGAGGAGAAGGGUGGCAGCCCAUAAGCGUAAAAGCUGAGCUCUUGAUUCUUUAACCUGGGGCUUAAGGGGAAAGGCAUUUUGGGAAAACUCCGUACACAAAGAGCAGUGAAUGCUGUAAGAGAAGCAUAGCGAUGAGUGCGGCAGGACGCUACUUACGAAAUGUUCCAACUAGUGAGGGAAAGCGCCUGCGAGUAAUUGCAUUCUUCCUUAGGUUUUUGUUUUUUUCAAGUUUUUAAAUUAUAUGUUGGCUUUUGAUUCCAGUGUCUUUUCCAAAUGUUCUGAUCCAAAUUCCGUGCUUAAUCCCAGUGCAGCACACACCACCUCCCCUGAGGAAGCUUUUCCUGGAAUGUGAAGCCCUCAUGCCCUCCGCAGCCCACACACAGAAAGUGUUGUGGACGUGGAAGUCUCUUCUGUACACUCUGUAAGGCUGGUUGUGACUAAAAUUGGCCUUACUUUUGUAUUAGCUUAUUUCACAAACCGCUAGAGUCGAAACGAUCAAAUCUUUGUACAAUAGAAAAUUAUUUAAAUUUUAUUUUUCUACUGACAUUUCUAAUUCUAGUGUAAAUGUGUAUCAAUAAAGAAUUACUUUGAAUCCUGCAGUUGGAAUUGUGUUUCUUGUUCAGUGGCCAGUGGGUUUAGUCUUUUGUAAUACAGUUACAGAUGACUUUGUGGUUUUU